AUGAUUCUUGUAUGCUUCCAGUGCCGUGCGAAGCCCGUAAGGGCCCAUUACCUUGAUUCAAGAUUGAAGUCCAGGCCCACUCAAGCCCAGCAAGAAGACCUCGAGCCCACCAAGCGACUCCCUCGUAAGCCAGUUAACAGCCAUCGAGCUAUUCCGGUCGACGUAAAGACGAGCUCAAGCUCGAUCAAGGACCAGGUCGGCACCGCGAAGAAAGACGAAGUCAAAGAAGAUCUCCUUCAAAUCCGGUCUGGUCCGAGAUCACCGGGAUCGUUAGCUGCACGUGGCGAGAUACGCGGAGGUGGAUCGUAG